AGUUUUGGAGGCGCGCCCUGCCACCUGCUCUCGUCCUCGGCUGUCGCCGCGCCCGUGUCCCCGCCGCGCCCCUGCCGCAACCAUGUCCAAGGAGCCGCGGACCGGGCGGGACGAGAUCCUGGAGGGCCAGGUGAUGUGGGAGCCGAACAGCAAGAAGAUCACGCUGAUGGACCAAUUCCGGGAGGCCGUGGGCGCUGCCUGGGGCCUGGCGCUCGAAAAUUAUCAUGACCUGUACCAAUGGUCAGUCGACUCAUAUUCCGACUUCUGGGCAGAAUUCUGGAAAUUCAGUGGGAUUAUCUCUUCAUGCGUGUAUGAUGAGGUUGUGGACACAUCCAAAGGGGUCGCCGACGUCCCGGAGUGGUUCAAAGGCAGCCGUCUGAACUAUGCGGAAAACCUCCUGCGGCACAAAGAGAACGACAAAAUCGCUCUCUAUGUUGCACGAGAAGGCAAAGAGGAAAUUGGGAAGGUGACUUUUGAAGAGUUGCGGCAAAGAGUGGCUUUGUUUGCAGCAGCGAUGAGGAAAAUGGGUGUGAAAACAGGAGACUGCGUCAGCGGGUACCUGCCCAACGGCGAGCAUGCCCUGGAGGCCAUGCUGGCCGCGGCGAGCAUCGGCGCCAUCUGGAGCAGCACGUCGCCCGACUUCGGCAUGAACGCUGUUAUGGACCGGUUCUCGCAGAUCCAGCCGAAGCUCCUCUUCUCCGUGGAGGCGGUGGUGUACAACGGCAAAGAGCACGCUCACCUGGACAAGCUGCGUCAGGUCGUGCGUGGACUCCCAGACUUGGAAAAAGUGGUGGUGAUCCCCUACAUCACCCCCAAAGAGCAGAUAGACAUCUCAGAGAUCCCAGACAGCAUGUUUCUGGAUGACUUUCUCGCCACCGGGAAAGGAGACCAAGCGCCCCAGCUGGAGUUCGAGCAGCUGCCCUUCAACCACCCCCUCUUCAUCCUCUUCUCGUCGGGCACGACCGGAGCGCCCAAGUGCAUAGUGCACUCCGCCGGGGGCACUCUCCUCCAGCACCUGAAGGAGCACAUUCUGCACAGCAACAUCACCAGCAGCGACACCUUCUUCUAUUACACCACAGUCGGCUGGAUGAUGUGGAACUGGAUGGUGUCUGUGCUGGCCACGGGCGCGGCUGUGGUCCUGUACGACGGCUGCGCCCUGGGGCCCACGCCCAGCGUGCUCUGGGACCUGGUCGACAGGAUCGGCAUCACCGUGUUCGGCACGAGUGCCAAGUGGCUGUCUGUGAUCGAGGAGAGGAACAUGAGGCCCAGGGAAACCCACAGCCUGCAGACGCUGCACACACUGCUGUCCACCGGCUCCCCACUGAAGACCCAGAGCUACGACUACGUGUACCGGUGUGUCAAGAGCAGCGUCCUCCUGGGCUCCAUCUCAGGCGGCACCGACAUCAUCUCCUGCUUCGUGGGCCAGAACCCCACCCUCCCCGUGCACAAGGGCGAGAUCCAGGCCCGGAACCUGGCCAUGGCCGUGGAGGCCUGGGACGAGGGAGGGAAGGCCGUGUGGGGAGAGAGCGGCGAGCUGGUGUGCACCAGGCCCUUCCCCUCCCAGCCCACCCAUUUCUGGAACGAUGAGAAUGGCAGCAAGUACAGGAAGGCCUACUUCUCCAAGUUCCCAGGUGUCUGGGUGCAAGGCGACUACUGCAGGAUCAACCCCAAGACCGGGGGCAUCGUCUUGCUGGGCCGGAGCGACGGCACGCUCAACCCCAAUGGAGUGCGGUUCGGCAGCUCGGAAAUCUAUAACAUCGUGGAAGGCUUCGAGGAGGUGAUGGACAGCCUCUGUGUCCCCCAGCACAACAAGGACAGAGAGGAGAGGGUAGUCCUCUUCCUGAAGAUGGCCCCCGGGCACAGCUUCCAGCCGGACCUGGUGAGGCGCAUCCAAGACGCCAUCCGCGUCGGCCUCUCGGCCCGGCACGUGCCCAGCAUCAUCCUGGAGACCAAGGGCAUCCCGUACACCCUCACCGGCAAGAAGGUGGAAGUGGCCGUGCAGCAGAUGAUCGCCGGGAAGGCCGUGGAGUACCGCGGGGCCUUCGCGAACCCCGAGACCCUGGAUUUGUACUGGCGCAUCCCCGAGCUGCAGGGCUUCUGACCCCGCGCCUCCCAGCCACGCGUGUCCGCGCCCUAGUGCUUGUGUCCAGGGAGUUGCCGAGACUCCGCAGCUCUCUUCAGGGGGGUUGCCCCGCGUCUGUGGGCUUGGGGAGAGUCUGUGGUCCGUGUGGGGGUGCCCGGGGUGCCGCACGCAGCACGCCAUCCUCGCCUGGAGGCUGACAGGGCACGUGGGGGAGGGGUGGCAGUGCGUGCGAGCGCGUCCUUGCACGUGUGCCCUGGCGUGCGCGCCGGAGGGGCUGCCCGUUGCCUGUGUGCACAGUCCAGCCAGGCGCGCGGUCACGCGUGGGGCGCUGCCGGGCCUCUGCCGCCAGCGCACCCCUGCGGAGCUGCCUUGCCCUCGGCCUCCCUCUGGGUCCACUCCACACCGCUGGGGCGCAGGUUGGUUCCUCCCUGGGCUCUGGUCUCCGGCUCCGGCCGUUGUCCUUCCGGGUCCCUCCGUCUUCCCUUGCUCGGCACUUGUCACCGAGUGUGGCCCAGCAUGACUUCCCCCGCCGCCGUGCAUCCUGUGACGGCCGGGACAUGUGCCGUUCCCGGGGGAACUGUGUGUCAGCCCAGACAGAUGGCCAGCGCUGCCUGGAGAACGGCAGGGGCGCUUGCGGGGGUGCGUGGGUUCCCUGCUCCCACAGGGCCCUGCGCUUCGUGGACUUCGACUGGCUUAACAAUCUACUGUGAGUUGUCUGGUGUGUGGGUGUGUGGAGAACUGAAUGUCCAGCCUGUGGGCGGUGCUGCUCCCGGGGACGCGGGCCACCCCCCGCCCCCGGCAGCGGACCCUGACAGACAGAGCUUCUCCACACGAGGGCUCCGCGCCUGUGCAAGGUGUCAUGGUGCCUGCCAAUCACGUCCCGGGUGUGAGAGCCAGGUGGUUUGUAUGUUCUCUUCAGGUCAGCGUAUUCCUAUAACCCUAAUGGUCGUUUUUGUAUUUUUUAAAAUGGAGCACAAUGAAAUCCUAUUUUGAAUCUCUUCCGGAUUAUAAAAAUACAUGGGGGAAAUUGCCA